AGAAUGAAAAUAUUUUUAGCUCUCACGAGAUUAACGGACUUUUCCCUAAUUGAUUCAGUUAAUGCGCAAAGUUCAAUUGAAAGAUAUUUAUAUAGAUGUGAAGCAGAAUAUUUCGGCUUAUUUAUUAGUUUACUUUCAGAAAUUGUUGGUGCUAGAACAUAUUUGAAGAUUAUUUAAAAAUAUUUAAGUCUAAAUUAUGAUUACAUUGCACGCAUUGACUGACGGACCACCAAGUGUUGCAGUCAGGAUAUUGUUGGAACAUUUGAAAGUUCCUUACGUAUUUCGAUACGUAAAAUAUUACGAAGGUGAAACUUUAACUGAUGAUUUCUGGAAGCUCAAUCCUCAAAGAGAAAUUCCCGUCAUUGAUGACAAUGGAUUUUUAUUGUCCGAACAUGUUGCGAUUAUGCAAUAUAUCUGUGACAAGUACGCUCCAAAAUCAAGCUUAUAUCCGGUUGAAGCACGUCAUCGUGCAAUUGUAAAUCAACGGUUGUGUUUCAACACUUCAUUCUUCUACUCUGCAAUUGCCGCUGCUAUUGUUGCGCCGAUAUUCUUCGAUUAUCCGCAAACUGAACAAGGGAUAAAACGAGUUCAUAAUGUUCUUGGAGUAUUUGAAGAAUAUAUGAAACGAUUGGGAAAGAAGUAUGUUGCAGGUGACACAGUGACCAUCGCUGAUAUUUCUCUUGCAUGCUCUUCAACUGUUUUGGAGGCGGCAAGGUUUGAUUUGUCUCUAUAUCCACUUGUCAAGAAAUGGUACGAAACUUUCAAGAAUGAAAACAAGGAAAUGUGGAUCUACGCCCAAAAAGCUUUGGAUGAAGUUGCAAACUACGCAGUGAGCCCACCGGAUAUGUCAAAAAUGGUUCAUCCAAUUCAUCCAAUGAAGAAGAAAUAAAGAAUGAAGGAAUGAUGGAAUGACAUUGAAUUGAGAUUGGGGAUUGCUUCACAGCUGAUGAUUUUGUUAAACUUUUGGAUUAAUAAGUUUUGUCAAAAUUUUUCUUUCUUCAUUUCGAUCUUGCAUUUUAAAUUUUUUAUUUCUUUUUCUUGUCUUCAUUGGUGUUGUCUUUGAAGCAAUCCCUUGAAUGCAUCGACGAAUCUUAUCUCUUUUCAAGCUUUGAAUGUUAAAAGGAGUUUCUAAUACAGUAUUAAAAUCGAAUGUAAAGAUAAAGAACAACUAAAACAAAAUUUGUAUCACAAAUUAAUAAAUAAAAUUUUCAGAGCAGUAGAUUCUCGAUAAGACAAAAGCUUUUUUUAUCAAUCUUCCAUUGCUCUGAAUCACC